UGGAGGAGAGAUAUGUACCCAGCAAACAAGGAACAUUCCAGAAUAUGAGAAAACCCUCAAGAGGCCAGGUUGUUUGGUUGCGAGAUAACAUUUCGGGAGCCAAAACUGUUCGUCGGGUAGAGGCUUCAACGAAGACCACUUAGCGGGUGAAAGGUUAGCAACUUUGAAACUAAUUAAUUGAUAGCCAGUGUGGAUUAAAAAUGACUGUAAAAAGGAAGGUAAGAAUACACAACGAUGAGAGCAGGCCAUUCAGCCCAUCCAUUUACCGACAGAGAGUACCCAACACCGUGCCAAGCCUGGACCUGAACACCUGGAGGACCUCCGCCUUUUACGGCACGACCUGCCAAGCUGCUCCACGCUCCGACGCUCUGAGCAAAGAAACAAACAUCCGGCAUCUGUGCUUUCCGCUCUCAGCUUUAGCCGAUUCUCAGAUACGCGUACCUAUGCAAGGUGCACAUCUCUCUGGAUGAGGCUUGCGUGCUGAAGAUAUAAAUCAUAAAAAAACGAAACUCGGAAAAUAAUUAUGGAGAGGGAGAGGGAGAGAGAGAGAGAGAGAGAGAGCGAGAGAGAGCAAACACAGCCAGUGAAAGGACAGUGAUGGAGAAAGAGUGAGUGAAAGUGUGCACGCGCACGAGGGAGGGGGGAGAGAGAGAGAGAGAGGGAGAGAGGGAGAGGGAGAGAAAGAGAGAGCGAGCGAGAGAGAGAGACAGAGCGGAGCAGUCAGAGCCGCGAGCUGUUCUCCCAGGCGCUCUCUCCCGCUUCCCGCCAUCGAUCUCCCCGGCUGCUCUGCCCGGAGCCCCACCACACCGCGCGCGGAGAAGAGGGACAGGGGGGGACGCACCGCCGUUCUCCCGGACUCUUUUUAACACCCCCCCCCCCCCCCCCCACGGGCUUGGGGAUGCCGCUCCGGGACUCGCGCCCUCCUCUCGCUAAUCUAAGGAGGCUCGAAGCGAGGCGAACGGACCAGAGGGGAGACGCGGCGAUCGGAGGCGCGGUCUCGGCCCCGCCCGACCCCCGCCUUCUCACCUGCUCUCGCCGGCGUACCUGAAUUUGGAAUCCUCCCCUGCGGAAAGGCGGACACCUCGGCAGGCGCACAGAGGCGAUCGUGGUCAGGUGGUCGUGGUCAGGUGGUCGUUGGUCAGGUGGUCUCGGGUGACUUGUGUUCCGAAGCAGCGGACGGCCUCGGGACUCCGCCCUUUCGAGUCGACGGAAAGAUGAGGAGAGAGCGGGAGGGGCUUGUCCGUUAGCCCGGGGACCCAACGUGUCUCAGCCCCCCCCCCAACCUACCCCCAACCUCCACCCCCACCAGGAUAACAGACACUUUGCGCUGCUACUGCUAACAUACUGGGAAAUACACUGGGACUGAAUUGAAAGCUCCUGCAGGACAAGCAAGCCAACGCUCUCCCUUGGCACGAGAGGGCGGCCGAGUCUGCUGGAGAGGAAUACGGACAGCUCCCGAUGGCCCGGACGGCCUGUUUGGCCCGCCCCUGCCCCAAGCGCCUCCCGUGACCAAAGGGAGUGACAUCACAGGAGCCUCUGUGCCCGCCCGCCCCCCCCCGGCGGGGGCCCGAGCCAGCCGCGCGGCCUCAGAGGGGAGGGGCCUGGAGAAAUGUAAAUCAUGUGGCCAUGUGGUGACACUCUGAUUGGGCCCCAGGGGAACUGGGAGUGACCUGAAAACGGACUACUGAGUCACAAGCGCCACUGAGGGAGGGGAUGAUGCGUGCCCACCCGGCGCUGGAAGAGGAGUCCACCAUGAGCAACGUGACCGUGCAGGACCUGGCCGAGCCGGAGGGCGGCGCGGGGGCGGCAGCCGCGCCCUACCCCGUCAGCUUCCGGGCGUCGGUGACCAGCCUGCUGGUCCUGGAGAUCGUGCUGGGCCUGAGCAGCAACCUGACCGUGCUGGUGCUCUACUGCAUGAAGUCCGACCUCAUCAACUCGGUCAGCAACGUGGUCACGGUCAACCUGCACGUGCUGGACGUGGCCGUGUGCGUCCUGUGCAUCCCGCUGACCGUCGCCGUGGCGCUGCUGCCGCCGGGGGGCGGCGCGCCGCUCGUCUCCUGCUUCCACGAGGCCUGCGUCUCCUUCGCCAGCGUGGCCACCGCCGCCAACGUGCUGGCCAUCACGCUCGACCGCUACGACAUCUCCGUGCGGCCCGCCAACCGCGUGCUGACCAUGGGGCGCGCCGCGGCCCUGCUGGGGGCCGUCUGGGCCGUGUCCGCCUUCAGCUUCCUGGUCCCGUUCGCCGAGGUGGGCUUCUUCAGCCAGGGCGGCGGCGGCGGCGGCGCGGGCCAGAACCGGACGACGGCGGGGCCGGCGGGGGGCCGGGGGAGCCGCUACCGCAGGGAGCCGGGGAUGUACUACCACCUCCUGGCGCAGAUCCCCAUCUUCUGCUUCACCGCCGCCGUCAUGCUCUUCACCUACGCCAAGAUCAUGCGGGCGCUGAACAUCCGCAUCGGCGCCCGCUUCCACGCCGCGCAGCGGAAGAAGGCCGCCCGCCGGAAGAAGGCCGCCGCCGCCGGCCCGGCGGCUGCGCCGCAGCAGGCCGAGGCCUCCCAGGACGGCGGUGGCGCCGCCGCGGCAACCACCACCGCCACGGCCGCGUCCGCCACCACCGGAGGAGGAGGAGGACGCAACCCGACGCUGGGCAUGCGGGCGUCCGUGUCGGUGAUCAUCGCCCUGCGGCGGGCCGUCCGGCGGCACCGCGAGCGGCGGGAGCGGCAGCGGCGCGUGUUCCGCAUGUCGCUGCUCAUCGUCUCCACCUUCCUGCUCUGCUGGACGCCCAUCACCGCGCUCAACGCCGCCGUGCUCGGCGCCGGCCCCGGCGCCCCCGCGCCCCAGCUGCGGCUGGCCUUCCUGGUCAUGGCCUACGGCACCACCGUCUUCCACCCGCUGCUCUACGCCUUCGCCCGCCAGAAGUUCCAGAAGGUUCUGAGGAGCAAGAUGAAGAAGCGCGUGGUGUCCGUCGUGGAGGCCGACCCCUUGCCCAGCAACGCCGUCAUCCACAACUCCUGGAUCGACCCCGAGAGGAACCGGACCGUGACCUUCGCGGGGGGCGAAAUGCGGCCCAAGGGCCCCUCCUCUGAAGAGGUGCCGUGAGGGGGGGGGCCCCCCAGCACG